UGUUUGGACUUUUAAUUAUGGAAGGGUCCAGCGGAUCGAAUUUUGGAAUAGACACUAUCUUGUCUGUUAAUAACACUUCCGGCAGCCCCGUGCUAAUGAACGGAGACUUUCGGCUCGGCGACGGCCGGACCUCGGAUUUUAGAAAUCAGGCCACUCCAUCACCAUGCUCAGAGAUAGACACAGUGGGGACGGCGCCUUCUUCCCCUGUCUCGGUCACCAUGGAGCAUCCUGAUCAACAUCUGGCCCAAGACAACCUUCAGCAUCACCAUCACCACCACAGCCAGCAGCAAAGUUUGCAGCUUUCACCGCAGCCUCCGCAGCAGAUAGGGGCAGCGGCAUCUGCCCCAAGGACUGCCACCUCUUCGUUUUUAAUCAAAGACAUUUUGGGCGACAGUAAACCACUGGCUGCCUGCGCACCGUACACAACCACAGUAUCUUCUCCCCAUCACACUCCCAAACAAGAAAACGCCACAGCGAACGAGGGAUUCAGACCAAAAUUAGAACAAGAGGAAAGUAAGGGCAAGUUGGACAAACGAGACGAAAUACAGAGCGACAUCAAAUGUAACGGAACGAAAGAAGAAGGUGAUCGGGAGAUCAGUAGCAGCAGAGAAAGCCCCCCAGUUCGAUCCAAAAAGCCCCGUAAAGCGAGGACAGCUUUUUCUGACCAUCAGUUGAAUCAGCUGGAGCGCAGCUUUGAGAGGCAGAAGUACCUGAGCGUCCAGGACCGCAUGGACUUGGCUGCGGCGCUGAAUCUGACAGACACCCAGGUCAAAACCUGGUACCAGAACAGAAGGACGAAGUGGAAGAGGCAGACUGCUGUAGGACUAGAGCUGCUGGCUGAAGCGGGGAAUUAUUCCGCCUUACAGAGAAUGUUCCCGUCUCCUUAUUUCUACCACCCGAGUCUGUUGGGCACUAUGGACAGCACGACUGCAGCGGCCGCAGCCGCCGCCAUGUACAGCAGCAUGUACCGGACUCCCCCGGCGCCUCACCCUGGCCUACAGAGGCCGCUGGUCCCGAGGGUCCUCAUCCACGGUCUUGGACCAGGGGGGCAGCCUGCACUAAAUCCCCUCGCAAACUCGUUGCCUGGUACACCACAUCCUCGGUAGGCAAGAAAGACUGUUUAUUCAACUUCACAAUAAGUCAUUUUUCUAAAAAUAACGAGAAAAUGCAGAAGAACUGUAAACCACUAAUAUGUGGUUCAGUGGAACGGAAAUGGAGAACGACCGCAAGUUUUUUGUUUCUUUUUUAUGAGGAAAAUUAAAGAACCUAAGCAGUUGAACAAAAGGACCGUUUUUUAUUUUUUAUUUUCUACAAAUCAACCUAUAAUACUAACAAAUACACUUAAAGUUUAUAGAAGAUGGAGGAGGUAAAACGCAAACUCGGAAGAAAUGAGACACUUUACAAGUGAAACAAUUCUUUAAGCCUGAACAUGCAAUGGCAAUGGUCGGAGAACUUUACACUGCUUCUUGCGACCUUUUUAUUUUUUGAAGUGGCAUGCACCGUUAAUAUAAAAUGUACAUUUGAAGAACUGAGUGAAAUAUCAUAUUUAUUAUAUGUCUUCAGAGAAAAUCGCUUAUAUACAUUUAGUAACACGUGCAGAAAUUUCCUUUUUGUUUUCAUUUUAAUGUCUUUUGAUUCUAACUAUUUAGGUUAAAACAUCCGUUAGAUUUUGUGAUUGGUUAAAACUAUCAUACAGAGAGGUUCUUCAAUAAUACCAUCUGUAAAAACAAUAAAAAAUUUAAUUUUUUUUUACAAGCACUGAAACCCUGUGAUAUAUUCUUACAUGUGUAAUGUUGAGUUUGAGAGUGAAGACUAUUUAGGCGGACUUUCCCAGAAAAAUAUGUGAGUACUGUAAAUAAUAAAAGAGAAAAAGACAUUUACCUUUUACAAUUUAAUACUUUUUUGCUGAGUAUAAUAAAUGCAGAAAGACGGCGCGCAGUACUAAAUAAAGCUCUUACUAAAAUAAUAUGAUCGUUUUAAGGUGGCAGUGAUUAUGUGUAUCUGUCCAAGUGAAUAUUUAACAGCUUUGGGAUGGUGAGAAUGGAUGGUCUGGGGGGCCGACUAACCAGCCUGGGAAACGAGAAGGUGGUCUCAGCCUGGCAGCUGUUCCGGGGAGCGAGACAGACAGCAGGCGUAGGGCAUCGCAGCGUGAGCAAUCAGUGAAGGCCGAGGAAUUCAAAGAAAAAUUAAUAUAGGCAAGAAAUAAAAAAGAAAAAAAAUCCCAGGAGAUGACGAUUUAUCAUCUUUAUCAUAACGCGUACGAAUCCUCCUCAGCUGUAUGUACACGUAUAAUGAUACACUUGACUGGUGCUCAUUUGAAGCUGAACAGGUCGUACAUGCGCCCUAAUUAGGAAACACGCAGAACGGACCGCGGAUUUAACAGAGAAGUUGGUCUCUUCGCUCCCUUCGACUUGUGCUUUCUUUGAGCUUUACUAUGAGAAACUUUGCGCACAUUGAAACGCUUGACUCCUCGUAGUGUUUUUUUAACGAAUAGUAAUUCAAAAAACUCUUAACAGGGAGCCAAACAUUUUUUACACUUUUAUAUUACCAAACCAGCUUUGAAUUUCUGAAUUUUGCAGCUAAGAUUCCAUUCCAUUUUCAGGUUUGCUUUUGCACACUUAUCGAUGCGUGAGAGGACUGUAUAUGUGUUGAUUGUUUUUUCCUCGCUUAACUUCUGCGUGUGUAAAGUAUGAGGGGAAAAAAAAAGUUUACUCAUUUUGAAAAGGAAAAAAAAAAAACAUCUAUUAGCGGGUAGACGAAACCAGUAAAUACAUUAAAGCGGGAGCGUAAUUAAAUGAACAUUAAAAUACUAUCUUUUUUAAAAUAGCAUUAUCCAGGUCCCUGGAGGAUUGUGGUAAGAUGGCGCUUUCAUGUGAAUUGACUCCAGAAUGGAAGAGCCUCAGGGCACGUUUGUUUGGGCUUCCCUAAUUGGAGAACCGUUUGCUGAUUUCUCUGCUAAUAAAUUCCUGUUAAAACGGAGCUGACCUUUGCUAUGGUCUAUAAAGGGGGAGUAAAUGACACACAAGGCGACUGUCAAUUUUUCUACCUC